AUGCUUUCUAGAACUACUUCCUUUAGUGAACAGAAAACUACUCUGGAUUAUUCAAUUGAAUUUUUGGAUACCUUCAUAACAUCAUGGUUUUCUAAAAAUGAAAAGAAACCAUUGUUUCUAUUCAUAUCUGGUCCUCAAGGCAGUGGGAAAUCUUAUACUGGUGUUAGAAUCCACAAAUACUUGAAGGAUAAAUAUUCAAACAAGUGCAAAAAUGUUCUUUAUGCUUCAAUAGACGACUUUUAUUUGACUCAUAAAGAUCAACUAGAAUUGGAAAAAAGUAACCCUAACAUGACACUUUGGAAAGGUAGGGGUCUGCCAGGUACUCACGAUAUGAGUCUAUUAUCACAAUCUAUUAAUGAAAUUCUUGCAGGCUUUAGUGGAGCUCACAAUGUGCAUGUGCCCAAAUAUAUUAAUCUACCAAUUUACGAUAAAUCUCGAUUUAACGGGACAGGAGAUAGAUCAGAGGUAAGUAAGAGAGAAAGACUCCCUGCUGACAUAGUUGUCUUUGAAGGGUGGUUCUUAGGCUUUGAUCCAGUAGAUACUUCUAAAUUCCAUAACAAAAAGGAUACAUUUAAAAACCUUCCAGAGAUGAAAUUGAUCAAUUCUCAUUUAUAUGAGUAUGGCGAUAUAUUGUGGAAAAAUAGAGAUAUUGCUUCAUUAGGGAUUGUGUUUGAUACAGAUGAUGUCGUAGAUAGAAUACAGUCAUGGAGGGUUCAACAAGAACAUGAAACUAGGGCCAUUUACGGCGAAGGACUAACAGACGAAGAGGUUAUUAAAUUUAUUGAUAGAUAUAUCCCUUGCUAUGAUGUAUAUUAUGAUAAAUUUACUCGAUCAGAAAGCCUUGGAUCAAUCGCUACUUUAACCAUCAAACUAGAUUCUCAAAGAAGACCACUUUCAUUAAAGACAAAAAGCUUCGAUUAA